AGGCUCCGCCCCGCCGCAGCCGCUGUCCGCACGCCGGUGCUGAUCCACGCAGAGGCCGCUCGUCGCCCCGGUGCGCUUCCGCGGCCCGAGCGCAGGCAGAAGCCCCGAGAAAGCUCGCAGCCUGGUAGCAGGGCCAGGGCGGCGCCGAGUCCGGCCGAGUCCGGCCCGCGAUGCCUCUCGAAGCCAGCACGCUCGCCGCCUCCGUGAAGCAGCCAGGCCCCGGGGCCGCCGAGCUCUGAGGCCGCUCUCGUGCCAUGGCCGCCCGGGGAGGACCGGGCCCCGGCGUCCGGCACCGCGCGCUCCGCGGGCUGCUGCUGCUCUGCUUCUGGCUACCCGGCGGCCGGCUCGGGGAGCCCGCCGCUCCGCCGUCCGGAGUGGAUAGGUUGCUUCAGGACUUUCGCCGGCAGCUACAACGGGCACGGCCUCGCGAGGAGCUGGAGCCGGAGCUGCUGGGCGGUCCGCGGGAGGAUUGCCCGGGUGCGGUCGGUACGGCGGUCUACCGGGCGGUGCCCGAUACCAUCAUCCGCACCCAGGACUCCAUCGCGGCGGGAGCCAGCUUCCUGCGCGCACCCGGGAGCGUGCGGGGUUGGCGGCAGUGCGUGGCGGCCUGCUGCUCCGAGCCGAGCUGCUCGGUGGCGGUGGUGCAGCUACCCCGGGGGCCCAGCGUGCCCGCACCCAUGCCCGCGCCCCGCUGCUACCUGUUCAACUGCACGGCGCGCGGCCGCAGCGUCUGCAAGUUCGCGCCGCUCCGCGGGUACCGCACUUACACCCUCAGUCGCGCCGGGGACGCCGGAAUCCCUCCCAGGCCAGAUGAGGACGAGCCUCCCAUUAGCAAGGCUGGGAAGGAUGUGGUUUUACAUCUGCCCACAGACGGGGUAGUUCUAGAUGGUCGAGAAAGCACAGACGACCACGCCAUUGUCCUUUAUGAGUGGACGCUGCAGCAGGGUGACCCAUCGUCAGUGGACAUGAAGGUGCCUCAGCCAGGAACCCUGAGGCUGUCCAACCUGAAGGAAGGAGCCUACGUCUUCCAGCUGACUGUGACCGACUCCGUGGGUCACAGAAGCUCCGACAAUGUCUCUGUGACUGUGCUUCCCAGGCUCCACUCCACGGGAGGAUGCUCCAGUGCUUGCUCGCGCUACCAUUUCUUCUGUGACAGUGGCUGCUGCAUUGACAUCGCCUUGGCUUGUGAUGGCGUGAGGCAAUGUCCCGAUGGGUCUGAUGAAGACUUCUGUCAAAACUUGGCUCUUGACCGCAAGUUGGUGGCACACACAGUGGCUACUUCUGCCCAGCCAGGAGCCACAGGAUUAAGUGAAGGUGAAGGAGACCCCAGGUUGGAAAAAUCCCAGAGAGCCACUACCCACAACCAACCAGCUACUGUAUCCCACCCAGAGAAGCGGAUCCACUCUACCCAGAAGGCGCCAGAGAGUCAGAUCAAUCCUGUCCAGCCAGACAGUAAUUCCUCAGGAAAGAACCAAGAAGAAGGAAAUUACGAUCUCAAGUCCAAGAGUGGCCAAGCGCGAGGGGAGCACCCGGCCCCGGAAGCAGGUGCGGUGCUACCUCUGGCAUUAGGUCUGGCCAUCACUGUUUUGUUGCUCCUCAUGGUGACAUGCCGACUCCGACUGGUGAAGCAGAAACUUAAGAAAGCCCGUCCCAUUACAUCCGAGGAAUCUGACUACCUCAUCAAUGGGAUGUAUCUGUAACAGUUAUUUAAGCAGCUCUGGGCAAGGGUGGGUAUCACUCAAAAUCUGUUCUUUGGGUUCUAUCAUUAAGACGUUUUGUUUUAAACUGUGCUAGAAGACAGUGCAAACACAAACCUUGACUUAUCAUGAAAUCAUUUCCCUGGGAUGUACGAUGUCUUCAAAGGUAGAGAGGAAUUCAUAAGACUGAAGCUUAUUUGCUGAGACAGAAAAUCAGCAUGUCCCUAGGUGACAGAUGGAAGUCCUGCCUUUUAUUUGUGAGGCCCCUAGCAGCUUUCUUGUCUUCUGGCUCUCUUCUCUCCACUGAGUUCUCCACUUUCUUUUCCUUUGCCAAAUGCCUCUGAAAAGGGAUCUUAAGUGACUCUACCCUCAGUAAGAUGUUACCAAUGGCAGGUCUGUCUGGAUGUUAUAAGCAUUCUGCAUAGAUCAGUGAUGACCCACAGGGGAGGAAUAUGGGUUCUCCACCCGGCCCCACCCUAUGCUUCUGACUUCAGGCCAUGGUGGUAACUGCCACAUCUGACUGACCUUAGAAGAAUCCCUUUUGGCCAGGGGCAGCUGUAGGUGGUUAUGAAAUGAGAGCAAGCUGGCAGCAGAGGAGAGGGACCUGGCAGGCAAAAGCAAAUAGAAUCCCAGCCAUGGGAUACGUGAGGACAAUCUGUUCAAUGCUGCUCCAUGGAAUGGAGCGGUGUGGCUGCUUUACAUGUGCACUGGUUUUCAACAUGAGCCUUUCUGAUGAAAAACGUGCGAGUUAUCAGUCCAAACGGUGAUGUCUGGGUGUUUGUAAACAUGUUGCCAUGUCCAGGUAUCACAGGCUUUUCAAUGGAAUGAGCCCGGAUGCUUCCCUUCGUGUGUCUUGCAGGGUUGGAGGUGGGACCCAAGAGCCUGGUUGGGCUAGACAAGUGCUCUACCACUGAUCUAUACCCUAGCCCUCACUGUUCUUUAUGUUAUUAAAAUGUUAUAAUGUACAAUCAGCUAAUGUCAGGGUGUAUUUCCAGAGCAGAAAGCACUUUUGCACAAAUUCCCCUUUGCAGGAAACUAACACCCAGUUUAACAUCUUUAAGUUUGUAGACAGUAAAGGCAGACCUUCCCAUCACCACUUAGUGCCAGCUUGUAUACGCUAGAGGUUACUCUGCGGGGACUGCAGUGUGGUGCCUGUUUAUAGUCAUGAUGUUCCUAGUUUCUUUACCCUAAGUGGCAAACGUUACAAAACACUGAAAAACACUGUAGUCUCAUUAGUUUAGACUCAAUAUAAAGUAGGUGGUUCCUUUAACGAGGGGUUUGAUUUGGGUGCGGGAGUAUAACCUAUAGAAAUGCAUUCAUCAAAGGGUAGUUCUAGGAAAACAGAUGUUUGCUUUUCUCUCCUGAGACUCUAACUCCAGCCUCUUACUAUUUAGAGCUCAUCACUGGUGUAAAUGUUACAGUAGCAGUCUGAGAGAUGAAUGUUGAGUGAACUUACCUACACUCUGUGAUGCUGUGCGGCUCAUUUUCAUAGAGGUCACCUAUAGCCAUACCCAGUAAAUAGAAACUGAUAAGGCAUGUUUCUUUCUGCACAUCUUUUAUAUACACAGAAGCUAACUACAAUCUAGUACUGCUACUGUUUUGAAGUACUUGAGAAAAGAUGCCUUGUAUGUACCAGUCCUUUAAUAAACUAUUUUAUUCUUAAGCCUUUAAAAA